AUGGGGGUUGGCGAUUAUGUCCACUCCAAAGAAGGUGGGCAGGCUCGCGGGGCCCCCGACCAAGCUAUUCAGUCGCGCCAGCAACGUGCAGAACAAGCCAGAGUCGAGGUACCAGUCACCCAGCUAGUCGAUUCAGGUCUUCCGGGUGCCAAUGGUAGAGGGGGAUCGCUGGAAUCGUAUGGUCUAUCUCAAUUCCCAAAUCAGCCCCUCAAUAUUUCUACGCAUGGGGCGCAGCGUAACAUGGAUGUGUUUGAUACAGACGUUGAGGCAAUUGAUGAUUCAACCAUGACGGGGACUAGUGUCUACGGAUUUGAUGACAACAAAUCUCAGGCAGCGUCAAGUACCAAUGCCGCCUACGCCAAUGCGGAUCCCCAAUCGAUGUACCAGCCUCGACCUUCUCGGAAUGCUUACGGGUCUAACUGGUAUGAAGGCCUAGGUGACGAAGCCAUGAAGAAAGCGGGCUUUGAUUCAGAUGACUUUGAGGACUUUGGAAGCCAAAUGGCCUCUUCUCAUGGCGGAGAUGGCGGGGAUAAUGAAAAGCCCGACGAAGCACACGACUGGCAUAUAUCGCACAGACCGCGUACAAGCGAGGAGCCAUUGAGCAAGCGCCUGGAGAAUUUCUGGUCCGCCAGCAGAAAGAGAACUUCCUCUCGGCAGCCUGUCCCUAUAGAUUCCGACCCCGAGCUUCAGAUCCAAUCACAAUCUAAGUCUAAGCCACGGAAAUUGGGUCAAAUGCUUCCUCCUAUUGGGCCCCGGAAGGUCAUUCUCCCUCACAGCUCGUCCGCAACACCCAGAACACGGUUCAGCCCACCAAAGCCCUCACUUCUUGAACAACUCGACCAACAACUCGAUGCAUCACCUACUCGCCAUAACUCCCAACCUCCGCCAGUUGUUGGUCAGACACUAUGCAUUACAUCGUUUCGGGAACAUACUGACAGCGACGGCGGAAGCGAUGAUGGCAUGGAAGACCAUACCAUACGUGCGGAUGGACUGGGGGAAAGCGGCGGGCAUUUAACCAACAUCUUUGAUAUGACCAGUUUGACCGACCUGGACGUCGACCACACCAUGCAGGAUCCGUUUUUUGCGCACGAAUCGCACGAAUCGCACGAAUCACACAAAUCACAUGAAUCAAAUGAGUCGUCGCGUCGCGGUCGUAGCAACACUGUCACCCAUUCCAAAAAGCGACCACUCGAACCAGAUUACCCACCAGAAGUGCUUUACCAAAAAUCUUUCUCCGAGCUGCAAGCUGAGCCCUUUGAUAAAUCCCCAACUCCUCCGCCACCCGUCAUCAAAUCACCCUCCUUGCCACCUCCGCCACCUGUUGUCCAAGACACCCAGGAACCCAAGAAUGCCGUAUCCCAUCUGUUGGCUCUGACAGACCAAGAACGCCUGCCUUAUCUGUCUCAUAUGACCAUGGAUGAAUGGGAAGACUGCGGAGACCAAAUUAUCGAGCAUUUCACCCGCCUUCUUUCAGAAAUGAAGAACUUACGACGUGCCCGCCGCCGCACAGCUGCUGUGUUUGAAGGAGAAGUCAAGCGCCGCCAUGACCAAGUUGAAACAGAAAGCUUGGAGUUGACAAAUAAGUUGACCGAGAUGAGGACUGGCGGCACGGAGGUUCUCCGUGGACGUCACUCAUGA